CGCACGUCACUGGCUCUUUUUCGUCUUCCGCUCUUCCAGAAAAAUGCAUUUGACGUCAAGCAAGUCAAGGCUUCCCAUGCUUCGUUGAUCAUCUAGUUUCAAGCAGCGAAUUUGGGAACGAAGUAAUUUUCAUGUAUGGUUUGAUCGUAGCGUUACAUGGCAAAGUAAAGCGUAUUUGUACAUCGUGAAGCGAAGAAAAAAGCGAUGUCCGACUUCGAAGAUUAUUCUGAAGAAAUUUCGCAGCGAAAAGAAGCGCUUUCAGAUGAAUGUUUAUCGUGUUGCGUGACAGCAGACACGCUUGUUUACGACGGCUUGACAUUAUUUUACGACGAACUAACAGAGACAUGUCUCGGCCGAGAUUGGAGGAAACUAGCUGGAAAACUUCUAACACCGCCUCCAACUAGAGCUACAAUAAAAAAAUUAUCGAAAUGUGAGAAUCCAGCUCGUGAAUUACUCCAAACGUGGGUGUCGCAAAGUGAUGUGCCCGAAACGUUCGAUUCGUUGAUUGAGACAAUGGUCGAAUGCAAAUUGUAUUCGGCGUGCGAUGAGUUGUUAGAUUUUCUCCAAAACUCGCCUUUAGACUUACUAGAACGCUGCGAAAAGUUGGGCAUUUCUAAUGAAGUUGAAGAUCGAAGCGAUGGAACUUUAGAAUUUAAAGAAAAUCCUACGUCGCGUCACAUGAGUGAACAAAACUCGCCUUCAGACUUACAACAAUGCCACGAAAAGUUGGAUCGAAUCGAUGUUGACGAAGUUGAAGAUCAAAGCGAAACUUCGAAAUCUCAACAAAAUCCCACGUCGCCUCACAUAACUAAACAACAACAAGAGGCCCAGAAAAGUCCCCUAAGAUCCAUAAGUUGCCCAGCUCGCGUUGGGGUGUUUACAAAAAUUUACAAGGCACUAAAGAAACCAUUCAAAAGGUCGAAAAGCUGCUCUCCCAAGUUAAGUGGGUCUGAUCCUGACCCCCCUACACACAUGCCCCCAACAGAACCUGACCCCCCUUCACCCCCAGAAGAUGAGAUUUUUAUUGUCAGUUCAGAUUCGGAUAACCAAACACAAGCGAUGAUAAAUCUGAAGUCGUUCGUUUCAGACCUUAAACCAGUUAAAAAAGGCGAGCUGAAAGUUACAAAUAUACAUGACAUAGACCAAAAUGGUCAAGUAACCACUGCUUGGCUGGAGGAGCGGGUCAACCGGGCAAGAUAUGUGAUACUGUGCUUCAGUAGUGACAUGAAAGCAAUCACGGAAUGCCCUCCUAAUAUGCCACAAUUGAAGCACCAAAUGGACUAUAACCUUAAGUUCACAAUGGAUUUUUUGGUCACAGGUACGAUUUACGGGAACGGUUGCCGAAACCCGAAAGGAAAGUUUAUUCCAGUGUUGUUGCACGGACAUGAUAUGACGACAUUGAUUCUUCCGCUGAGGCAUUUCUUGCAUUUCAGUUGGCCAAGUGAAGAGAAGAGAAUUACAAAGUACAUCAUGAACCUCCCGGAACACCCAAUGCCAUGCCAAGGACUACCCAAACGUUUGGUUCCAAAAGAACUAUCUUGCUGAUAUGCUAACAUUCUCACUAUAAACAAUGUGGAUUAUAACAGUUGGGCAACCAGCUUUUGCAGAAUGAAAUGCAUGGCUGAUUCAUUUUCUUUUGCCCAGACAUUUUGUCUGAUCAUAUUACAAUAUAUUAUGUUUAUAGCUUCUGCAUUUAGAAAGUGAUUACGAAUCACAGCUCAUGUAUAUUGAAAUGUCAUAUAAAGUGACCUAGCCUGGCUGUAUAACAUAUAUAUUCGCAGUAAUAUGAGCAACUGAUUUUACUGUUAUAAUCCACACUGAUUAUGAGAAUCUGUACAUAAACUGCUAUUGACAAAUGAAUAUGACCAUGAAUAUGUUAUCCAAGUACUGCAAUGCAGACCAAACUCAAAUUGAUUGUAAAGUGAUUGAAACUAUCUUAGUUGAAAUAUUAACCAACUGUAAUUUUGAAGAGACUAAUAU